AUGGCUGACACUUUAGCAACCGACAAGGAAUCUGCCGAGCAUCAGCAACAAGAGAUCGAGGUCAGCCAUGAGUCAACAGGUCAAAAGCGCAAAACAGACGAUGAGUCGACCGAUCAACCAGCGCAAAAGCAACGGCGAGUGAAGAAGCAACGUCAAAAGGAUUUCCGUGAUACCAAUGAUCUCGAUAAUGUGGAAUACGUUAUUGAAAAUGGCCUGCGAAAGGUGAAGCCAUACUUUUUUGAAUACCGUGCCUAUGCAAAAGGCCGAUGGAUGAAGCGAGAGAUCUUGAACGUCUUUAAAGAAGAAUUCCAAGACCGUGAUGAAAAGUAUUAUCGUCAUGCCAUUGAAACGGGAUUGAUCACUAUUAAUGGCGAGCGUGUUCCUCUCGACUACGUUAUAAUGAACAAUGAUAUCCUUGGUCACAAGAUCCAUCGUCAUGAACCUAUUGUCACGGCUGAAUCGAUUGAUAUCGUACAUCGAGACGACGACCUGCUUGUGAUUAAUAAACCUGGCGGUAUUCCGGUGCACCCUGCUGGUCGAUAUAGACACAACACCGUCAUCCAUGUGCUACGUAAGGAGCUUGGUGUGUCUAGAUUAUACCCUGCAAAUCGCCUUGAUCGACCCACAUCUGGACUCAUGCUUAUUGGCCUUAAUUCUGAAAGGGCAAGACAAUUUGAAAGCCAAAUGGUACAAGGCAAGAUCCAAAAAGAAUAUGUAUGCCGAGUGGUAGGUGAAUUCCCAGAGGGUGAAAUUACAUGUGAUGCGCCUAUCAAGACUAUCUCCUACAAGCUUUCUUUGAACUAUGUCCACCAAGAUGGCAAGGAAUGCAAGACCGUUUUUGAAAGACUCAGCUACAAUGGCAAAACAAGCGUGGUUCGUUGUCGACCCAAGACGGGAAGAACGCAUCAAAUUCGAGUCCAUCUUCGUUACCUUGGAUACCCUAUUGCCAAUGAUCCUACCUACAGCGAUGAUCAACCAUGGUCGCCUUUGAUGGGAUAUGGACAAACAUUGGAUGAUGAACAAGCGGACAAGGUGGUGCAAAAGGUGCUUGAGGCUUCCAAAUUUCCGGAAGGCAUGUGGAAUGACAAUGACAAGGAGACCACUGAUGACAAAGUCAAGGAGGAGGAGGAGGAGGACGAUGAAACACCCAAGGCACAGAAACCUCGAUGUAAAGAAUGCGGGCUGGUCCUGACAGAAGAACCAAAAUAUAGAGAGCUCAAGAUUUGGCUUCAUGCAUGGCGUUAUGCGGGUGAGGGUUGGGCUUAUGAGACCAAGAUCCCUGAUUGGGCACAAGAAUCAUUUGUAGAAUAG